UGUAGAGGUCGAGAAUUGGCCCAUGUGCGAUUACCUCAUCUCUUUCUAUUCGGAUGGCUUCCCCCUGGAUAAGGCAAUCGCCUACGUCAAGGCGAGAAAACCCUUCUGCGUCAACGAUGUGCCGAUGCAGAAGAUUCUCUGGGAUCGUCGUCUAUGCCUCAACAUUUUAGACGGUAUUGGCGUGGCUACGCCGAAACGUAUCGAAGUGAACCGUGAUGGUGGACCCAAGCUUUUGACCGCGGACACUGCGAAGCAUAUCAAGGAGAUUACUGGUAUAACCUUGGAUGCCGAAGACCUGGGCUACAACAGGCUUCCCCGCAAGGUCGAGCUUCUUGACGACGGCGACAUUCUUAGCGUCGACGGUGCUCUGCUCAAGAAACCCUUUGUCGAAAAGCCUGUCAGCGGUGAAGAUCACAACAUCAUCAUCUACUUCCCUAAGUCCACCGGCGGUGGUGCUCGCCGGCUUUUCCGCAAAAUUGGUAACAAGAGCUCCGAGUAUGAUCCAGACUUGAACAUUCCUCGCGCUAUUCUGGAGCCAGAGAACAGUUACAUCUACGAAAAGUUUAUGAGAGUCGACAACGCCGAGGAUGUCAAAGCCUACACUGUGGGACCCAAUUACUGUCACGCAGAGACUCGGAAAUCUCCAGUUGUCGACGGUGUCGUCAGACGAAACACGCAUGGCAAGGAGCUGCGCUAUGUUACGGCAUUGGAGCCUGAAGAAAAGGAGAUCGCAAGCAAGAUCUCAACCUCUUUCGGCCAAAGAGUUUGCGGCUUCGACUUCCUACGGGCCGGCGGCAAGAGUUAUGUUAUCGACGUCAAUGGUUGGAGCUUCGUCAAGGAUAAUGACGAUUAUUACGACCACUGCGCCAACAUUCUCAAGGACGUCUUCGUCAAGGAGAGGCUUCGCAGAGGCGGCGUCACCUCUCCCGUGCCAUCACCUUCUCCCUCGGAUAUGACUGAUCCAUUAGCAUCACGUGGAAAGGAGAAGGAGGCUUCGCAACCAAUUCCUGUGCCACCAGCGCAGAACAAGUCCGUGACCAACGUACCGGCCAUUUCUGAGAAGCUGCCCCAGGAACCGAAGCCCGUACCAGCGAGUGCACCACCUCAAAAGUCCGAGAGUGCACUCCCGUCUGCUGUCACCAGUUCGUGUACCAGCCCAACACUUCCUCCUCCACCUCCUCUAGUAGAUCCUGCUGUGGCAAGCGUCCCUUCUACCGCGGGAACGGGGUCAGCGACUCCGUCCGCCGCGCCUUCGCUGCAAGGGGAGGGCACUGCGCCUCCGGCAGAGGAGACUCCAGUGCCGCCGCCACCACCGAAGCACUCUUGGAAACUCAAGGGCAUUGUGUCCGUCAUUCGACAUGCUGAUCGAACUCCGAAACAAAAGUACAAGUUCACCUUCCAUACCUCGCCCUUUAUUGAAUUACUCAAGGGUCAUCAGGAAGAGGUGCUUCUCAUAGGAGAGGCAGCUCUGGCCAGCGUACUGCAGGCCGUAGAUGUUGCAUUGAGAGCUGGCGUAGAAGACCGCGCCAAACUGAAGUCGCUGCGCAACGUCCUUGUGAAGAAGGGUGGAUGGGCUGGCACCAAGGUCCAAAUUAAGCCAAUGUUCAGAAAGAAGAAGACUGAAGAAGUCGCAGUCUCGUCAGGCGAUGAGCUUUCACAAGUUUUGAAAGAAGGCGUCGAAACGGACUUCGCGGAGAAGACUGACGAUGGUGCUGCAAAGACGGAAAACUCUUCACCAUCCAGAAUGCCACCCAAGAGGCACGACUCUCUGUCCGGCAUGACCAUGUCCCGCAUCACAGCAGCAGAGGAGAGCUUGGUCCUGGAGAAGCUUCAGCUCAUUGUGAAAUGGGGCGGUGAGCCAACACAUUCGGCACGCUAUCAGGCCCAGGAACUGGGUGAGAAUAUGAGAAACGAUUUCAACCUGCUUAACCGAGAUGUCCUCGACGAGGUUCACGUCUUCAGCAGUUCUGAACGUCGCGUUACUACCAGUGCGCAGAUUUGGGCUUCUGCUUUCCUGGAUCGCAAAGACCUCCCUGAGGACUUCAUCACCAUCCGCAAGGAUUUGCUCGACGACUCCAACGCUGCCAAGGACGAGAUGGACAAGGUGAAGAAGAAGUUGAAGGGUCUUCUUCGCAAGGGUAACGAGCGACCUUCCCAAUUCGCUUGGCCGGAGAAGAUGCCAGAGCCUUCUGAGGUUCAGACGCGCGUUGUCCAACUCAUGAACUUCCAUCGUCGCGUGAUGCACUACAACUACAGCAAGCUGCACAACGGUAGUGCCGUUGCUUCUUUGAAUAACGCCAUUGCCAAUCCGGGCUCCGAGAAACCUGCAAAUGCCGAGGCAUCAGGCUCGACAAGCUCGAUGUCCUCCUCCCUGUCUCAGGCGAAUGCGGUGAGCAACAUUCAACCCAGAUGGUGUUGUGGCGAGGAUGCCGAGCUUUUCAGGGAGCGCUGGGAAAAGCUUUUUGCGGAAUUUUGUGACGGAGAAAAGGUCGAUCCUAGCAAGAUCUCCGAGCUUUACGACACGAUGAAGUUCGAUGCCCUGCAUAACCGGCAGUUCUUGGAAUGGGUAUUUACACCGCCCAAAGCCAUGCUGGAGGAGGAGUACGGUAUCAAGGACAAGGAAAAGGACAAGGACGGCAAGGACGGUAGUAAAGAGGCUAAGACUGCCGAGAAAACAUCCGAUGAGGGGAAGUCGUCGCAGGACUCCCGCGAGGAAAGACGGGAUUUCUCGGGAUCCAGCGAUAAGGCAGACAAGAGUGAAGCCAGCAAGAGCUCGACAUCUGUAAGGCGCAUCUUCCGACGGCGGUCGUUCCUCAACGGCCUCCGACACGUCGAGGCAGCCCCGCCUGAACAGUACUUCCACCUCUACAAGAGCAACACUCAGACCAAGGCAAAGACCGACGCCAGGUUUGAGCCGUUGCGGGAAUUGUACCAGCUUGCCAAGGUUCUCUUCGACUUCAUCUGCCCUCAAGAGUACGGUAUCUCUGAUGGGGAGAAGUUGGAGAUUGGUCUCCUGACGUCGUUGCCGCUGCUCAAGGAGAUUGUUCAGGAUCUUGAAGAGAUGCAAGCAUCGAACGAUGCCAAAUCCUUCUUUUACUUUACCAAAGAGUCUCACAUCUACACCCUGCUCAACUGCAUCCUUGAAGGAGGGAUCGAGACGAAGAUCAAGAGAAGCACUAUUCCCGAGCUUGACUAUCUUUCGCAGAUCUGCUUCGAGCUGUAUGAAUCGGAGACUAAGGCCCCUGCCGCCACACCCGACGGGGGCGAGGAGCAGACAUUCGCCUACAGCAUCAGAAUCACCAUUAGCCCCGGAUGCCACGUCUUCGACCCGCUAGAUGUCCAAUUGGACAGCAAGCAUUGCAUCAGCUGCGCUCCGCGACGUAGUCUGACCCCUCACGGCGAUUGGAUGCAAGUGAUCCGCACUCUGAGGGCCAAGUUUAACCAAGUUAAACUUCCCAAGACGUUCCUCGCCGUGAACUUGUCAGAUCUCUUUUCUGUCGAGGACCAUGAACGGCGGGAUAGUGACAGCGAGGGGCUCGAAAUGAAGGGAUUGCAUCCUAAGCCCAAGGUAUCAGAGCAGCAAGCCACUGCCCAGUCAGAAGCCGAGAGCGGAACAGGAAAGGAGGAGCUUGUCUCAGCGGGCCAGGCUCUUGCCUCAGCCUCGUCGGUUGUCAUGGAUGAUGAGGAGCCCGUUAGCCCGAGAAGCAAACCUGACGCUUCAACCGAGACAAUCUCCCAGGUGGCAACAGAUUCUGCCGAGUGAUCGAGUCGGUAUACUUAGCUUAAGUCUUGUAGUUAUCGAGACGGGAUUACAAAGAUACGCUCGGAGGUACAAGAUGUGAGAGAACAAGCGAUAGACAGGAGGCAAGAAACAUAGCAUGGAUAGACUCAAGCGCAUUAUUAGCAACGAUAGCGGAAAAUCAAACAGUAUCAUCCAAGACCUUGGCAAGUCGCUGGCAAUGAAGGCAAGACGAUGUUGAGGGGCAACGUCAUUGGAGUUGUCGUCAGAAGUUGAAUGUGACGCGGGCCGAGCUCGCCCCAGCAUUGGUCUUGCGGGCUAGCCAGACCAGAGUCUCAUCCAUGGUACCGUACCACUGCUCGGCAAAAGGGAACAACAUGG